AUCUAAAGGAAUAUCAUACACAGGCGAUACUUGAAGCAAAAGAACGUUCUCAAUUCGAUAGGAAGCAAGUUUCCGAACUUGGGAACGAAAUUCUUAAUAAUUAUUGUGAUUCAAAUAUUCAAGAUGAUUUUACGAAAAGUUGCUUAUCAUUUAUUGAUUCCCAAGAACUCUUGUUAUCUGAACAAGUCAGAAGUACAAUUCGGUUGGAUUAUUUACCAAAAGUUCCGAAUCUCGCUGCAUUGUCUGAACAAAAUCAAUCAAAGAAACAUGGAAUCUCUCCAAGUGUUCACAUUAUGAUAAUAUAUGAUGGUUAUAAUUCAAUCAUUCCUAGAAUGAUGAGACGUGUAUCAAAAUUGAAAAGACACGGGGAAUGGAAUCAUGGUUUGGGUCAGAAAAAACAACCGUUAUUCGUAAUUCAAGAUGGAAAAAACAAUAUAAAAGAAACUUUCAUUGAAU